UCAUUCGUUGCAGCAGCUGGUUCGCUCUAGAUUUUCUCGUCGGAACAUCCAGCAAAUCGAUCGUCGCCGCGUCGCUGCUAUCAAAGCAAAAUUAUCACCAACCCAGCAGCAACAGCAAAACUGUGUUAUCAGGAGAGGCCGAUUCUGCGAGGAGAAGCAGCGAUCGACUUGGACGGGGUUAUAAAAGUGGUCAGCUGGUACGGGACGGAUUUCAUUCGAUUGGCAGAACCGGUGCCGUCUGGAAGUGAUUCCCGGGAGGAAGAAAAGAAGAAGAGUUUGGGAAGCCGAUUUUGGUGCUCCGGAAGUGAUUUGUGUGAUUUGAGCAAGGAAUAUUCUGAAUUCUAACAAAGAUGGAACACGUCAACGGAAGCAGCGAAAAGGAAGUCCGGGUGUGGUGCGACGGAUGCUACGACAUGGUGCACUUUGGCCACGCAAAUUCCCUCCGCCAGGCCAAAGCCCUCGGCCACAAGCUGGUGGUUGGAAUUCACAAUGACGAGGACAUUACCAAGAACAAGGGCCCGCCGGUGUUCACGCAGGAGGAAAGGUACAAAAUGGUGCGCGGAAUAAAGUGGGUCGACGAGGUCGUGGAGGAUGCACCGUACGUGACGACGCUGGAAACCCUGGACAAUAACAACUGCGAUUUCUGCGUGCACGGCGAUGACAUCACGCUGACAGCCGAUGGCGUCGACACCUACCACUUGGUCAAGACCGCGGAACGUUACAAGGAAGUUUCGCGCACGGCCGGAGUCUCGACGACGGACCUCGUUGGUCGGAUGCUGCUGAUGACGCGGAACCACUUCAAACAAGGUGACCAAGAGUAUAGCGUCGAAAAAGAUGAAGCACUGGAAGCUCUUUUCAAGAAAAUUCAAACGAAACUUGACCUCCAAACAGGAUCCUCCAAGCUGGGCCAAGACCACUCGGCGCGUAGCCCCUGGACCGGUUGCUCCCAGUUCCUGCCCACGACGCAGAAGAUUAUCCAGUUUAGCGACGGCAAGGCACCGAAGCCAACGGACAAGAUUGUGUACGUGGCCGGUGCGUUCGACCUGUUCCACGUUGGCCAUUUGGACUUUUUGGAAAAGGCCAAAACGUUCGGCGACUAUCUGAUUGUGGGACUCCACACUGACCCCGUCGUGAACGUAUACAAGGGCGGCAACUAUCCGAUCAUGAACCUGCACGAGCGCGUCCUCAGCGUGCUGGCCUGCAAGUACGUCAACGAGGUCGUCAUUGGUGCGCCCUACUCGGUCACCAAGGACCUGAUGGAGCACUUUAACGUGGAUCUGGUGUGUCACGGGCAGACAACGAUCGCGCCGGACGUGGGCAAUCUGGACCCGUACGCCGUGCCGAAGCAGAUGGGCAAAUUCAUGCUGAUUGACUCUGGCAACCCCAUCACGACCGAGGACAUUGUCGAGCGGAUCAUCCGGCAUCGGCUGGAGUACGAGGCGCGCAACGUCAAGAAGGAGAAGAAGGAGAUUGAGGUGUUUGAGGCCAUGCAGCGGGUGAAGCUGGCGGAAAAGUGCGGUUGACUACCGGCGGACGACUAAGCGCGCCCGCGACUAGGAUGACGACGAUCGCCUGGUGCGCGCCCGAAAAAAACCCGUUACAACAUGCCAGCAACAAGCAACACACCCCCCGCGAGCGCAGCAGAUGAGAGUCAAAUUGUAGACAAAUUGAUUUUAUUUUAUUUACGCGUAGCACAGUCACCCCCCGGAAGAGGUCAGGACUUUUUUUCGAGGCGAGGAUUGUGCUGAAAGGAUUCAAUUGUGCAUAGGUUAUUUUGUUAGUUAUAUUUGUUUUGUGUUUAGUUUUGUAUGCUAUUUUCUGCAUCUUACACAGAGGAAGUUUAUAUUAAUUUAUGUGAGCACGGCGCCGUUUGGCACUGAUCGUGGAGUAACAAAACUUUUAUCUUUUAUAAUAUACACGCAAAAAAUCCCAAAUAUAUCGCUGUAAGAAUCUCGAAACUGCAACCGUUUAUUGAGGAAAAGGAAUUAACCUGUAGGAUGAAGCCAAAGUUGCUAAAACAAACGCUAACCGCUAUGAAUUAUCCUUUGAGUUUCUCCCUAACCUUGCUGUCGCAUUUUUCUUUUAAACUACUUCCGUUCGCAACUUCGACUAAAACAACUUAUUUUGCGCGAACGUGAAGAGUUAUGUUAAACUGGGAAAAAUUCCCCUUGUUUUCAUUUGAGCGAAAACGAGUGAAAUUAAUACCCAAGAAAAGCAAAAAUACAAUUAGAUAAGCUAGAUUUGUGUAUCAGUGUACAGAUUAUUAGAUUAUUAGAAAUCGAGAGAACAAGCAACAUUCAUUCCCGUGGCGAGAAGAGGCAUUACUGGUAAUAUCUCCCGAAAAAAGAGUUUGUGUGAUAUUAGGAGCCGGAGGAACGGGGAAACGGGUUAACGUAACCUAUUUCCCCCUGAAACGGGUAGGUAGAUUCAAAUUGAAGAAAAAAAACAACACAAACACACACAGCCACGGUGUCACACGCGUGCAUAAUCAAAAA